AUGGCCGGCGGUGGGGGCGUGAAACGUACAGCUUCCCCCACUCGAGCUAUAUCGCCGCCUCCACUCAAAAGGAAGGUUGAGUCUACCAUAACUAAAAAGGCUGUUUCCUCCUUCUUUACCCCGACUUCUCAGAAAAAGCCCGAACAGAUCACCUGGCGGAUUGUCAACAACAGUGCGGUCAUUGGCAAGUAUACUUCGGAUUCGAGUCACAAGAAAAGUACAGAGAAGCCCAGAAUCGCAGCAUUUGACCUGGAUUCAACGCUUGUCUCGACAGCCUCUGGAAAUACGUUCCCCAGGAAUGGGUCAGACUGGAAGUGGUGGCAUGAUACGAUACCUGGGAAGCUCAAGGAGUUGAACGACAAUGGAUACUACGUGGUGGUCGUAACGAAUCAAAAGAAGAUCAGUCUCAAGAAAGAUCUCAAGAAAGGCCAGAGCGACUCUAAAAGCCUUGUCAACUUCAAGGAGAGGGUGUCGGCCGUCAUGAAGCAACUGGACAUCCCACUAAGUGUAUAUGCAGCCACCGAAGAUGACGAAUAUAGGAAACCCAGGACAGGUCUAUGGAAAGAGAUGCUGGACGACUAUGACUUCGAUGUGUCAGGAGUCAAUCUGUCAGAGUCCAUUUUUGUAGGGGACGCUGCUGGACGGCUAAACGACCAUUCCAUGGUCGACCGCGGAUUUGCUCUUAAUAUCAAAGUACCUUUCAAGACGCCCGAGGAGUUCUUCCUCAAUGCUGACCCCGAGCCCCUCGUGGAACCGUUCGAUCCGACGAUUUACCUGCAAGCAGAGCCAACCGACGAUGUGGCGCCACCUUUCUCUCGCCAGAGCCCCCUCGAGCUGGUGAUAUUUUGCGGCAGCCCUGGUGCGGGCAAAUCCUCGUUCUACUGGGAAUACCUGGAACCGUUGAAAUACGAACGAGUCAACCAAGACCUUCUUAAGACUCUAACCAACCGCUCACCACAGCGCCCUAAAUGCAUCAAAGUGGCGAAGGAACACCUUGCAGCCGGUAGAUCUGUGGUUGUCGACAACACCAAUGCCGACCCGGAAACCAGAUCCCAGUGGGUAGAAGUCGCUAAGGAAUUCAACGUCCCGAUUCGCUGUGUCUAUUUCACAGCUUCCCCCGCCCUCUGCCGGCAUAAUAAUGCGGUCCGUGCCGCAAAUCAAACCUUGAACCCCGAAUCACGCACCCUUCUCCCCGGAAUUGCCUUUGGAGAUUUCCUCCGCCGAUUCAAAGAACCUUUAAUGGAAGAAGGGUUCCAGGACAUAAUACGCGUGGAAUUCCGCUUCCGAGGAGACGAAAACGCCAAAAGAUUAUGGGGUCAGUAUUGGGUGUAG